AUGGCCGCCAAAAGAAGCGACUGUGUGCUCGUGGUCGAUGAAGCGGACCAUUUAAGCGGCAUUUUUACGGCAAAAGACCUGGCGUAUCGUAUUGUGGCAAGCAACUUGGAUUCAAGAGCUUUAAGCGUUUCUGAUAUCAUGACCCGAAACCCUUUGUGUGUCACAGCUGAUACAUCAGCACAAGAUGCGUUGAACUUGAUGGUAUCUCGUGGUUUCCGCCACUUGCCGGUUUGUAACGAGGAAGGUGACAUUUUUGGAUUACUGGAUAUCACCAAAUGCCUGUAUGAAGCUCUCAACAAGAUGGAACGUGCUUACGGAUCAUCCCGCAAGCUUUAUGACGCAUUGGAAGGGGUGGAACGGGAAUGGGCCAACAGUCCAGUUCAGUUUGUUCAAUAUCUCGAAGCGCUGCGCGAUAGAAUGUCGUGUCCCGAUCUCACCACUGUGCUUGUUGACCAGGCUCCCCCAGUCCAGGUACCUGUCAAAGCAAGUGUCCGUGAGGUUGCACGCUUAAUGAAAGAACAUCACACGACCGCUGUGCUGGUGAUGGACCAUCGCGAAUUAGCAGGCAUAUUUACGUCCAAAGAUAUAGUGUUGCGUGUCAUUGCCGCCGGUUUGAUGCCAGAAACAUGUUCAGUCGUUCGUGUCAUGACCCCGCAUCCGGAUGUCGCUUCUACCUCGACAAGUAUCCUUGAUGCGUUGAAGAAAAUGCAUGAUGGUCAUUACUUGAAUUUACCCGUGGUGGAUGAAGACAAAUCCAUUGUGGGACUCGUGGAUGUGCUUCGAUUAACGUAUGCAACUUUGGAACAAAUCAAUAGCAUCGAGGGACACGAUCAAGAAGGGGCCAGCAAAUUUUGGAAUAGUAUAGCGGUGGAUGAUCCUCAUGAAACCGAGUCUGCCCUGUCCGAUUCACUUUCACAAGGAGUUCCUUCCUCCAUGCUUCAUCAUCAAGGGUCGCCCAUGGGCACGCCUAAUCCAGAUCACAUUGGCCCACUCCACCAUAGCCAAAGUCCGGUAUACACGGGUGUAGCACAUGGUGAAAGUACCCCGGAUGGCAGCGCAUCGAUGCUCAACGACGAUACCGACACGCGGUCAUCGGUGUCAACCCAGCCUCCCGCCACUUUUGCCUUCAAAUUCUAUUUUAACAACAAGACUUACCGUAUUCGGCACGAUUACUCCAGUUAUACCUCCUUGCGCGAUAUCGUGUGCCAAAAGAUUUUGGGCGAGCACGCUUCUUUGCUGGAAACGCGAAACGCAAGCGACACCAGUUGGCUUAGCAUAUCGUAUUUGGAUGACGAAGGCGACCAUGUUUUGAUGCUCUCUGACAAUGAUUUAGUGGAUUCGGUGCAACUGGCGCGCAAAUUAGGCCAAGAUCGCGUGCGAUUGUUUGUUUAUGAUGAAUUGGCGCCAAAACCCGAAACAAGUGGGCCGAGGUUAACGGAAACACCUAAUAGGAUGCUAUCACCGGUACAUCCCACUGACAAGGAAUCUGAGCCCAGUGAAAUACCCGACAUGGACCGACGUCGACGAAACCGCAGCAUUGCCCUGAGGCGAUCCAGCCGACCAAGUCGACGAGAGUUUAGUGAAGAGGAAGAAAGCAAACUAUUGUUGCCUGCCGCCAUUGCUUUUUUGGGGGUGGUGAUUCUUGGUGUUUUUACCAUUUCCAAAAUGACAGGAUCCCGACACCACUACUAA